AUGUUACAGUUAAAAUAUUUCAACAAAAUCGAGAGUGAUAAUGAUGAAGAUGAUAAUAAUAAUGAUGAAGAUUAUAAUUCUAAUGAUGAUUCUAAUGAUGAUAAAAUUGAUCAUCAGUAUUAUGAUAGUGGAGGUAAGGAUUAUGGUGGUGGUGAUAGUAAGAUAAUAAUGGUGAUGAUAGUGGUGGUUGGUGAAAGUGAUAAUAAUGAUAGUGGUGGCGCUGGUGAUGUUGAUAGUGGUGGUGGUGAUAGUGAUGAUAAUGAUGGUAGUUGUAGCGCUGGUGAUGUUGAUAGUGGUGGUGCUGAUAGUGAUGGUAGUGGUAGUGCUGAUGAUGUUGAUAGUGGUGGUGGUGAUAGUGAUGAUAGUGGUGGCGCUGGUCAUGUUGAUAGUGGUGGUGAUGAUAAUGAUGGUAGUGGUGGCGCUGGUCAUGUUGUUAGUGGUAGUGGUGAUAAUGAUGGUAGUGGUAGCGCUGGUCAUGUUGUUAGUGGUAGUGGUGAUAAUGAUGGUAGUGGUGGCGCUGGUGAUGUUGAUAGUGGUGGUGAUGAUAAUGAUGGUAGUGGUGGCGCUUGUAAUGUUGAUAGUGGUGGUGGUGAUAGUGAUGGUAGUGGUGGCGCUGGUCAUGUUGAUAGUGGUGGUGGUGAUAGUGAUGAUAGUGGUGGCGCUGGUGAUGUUGUUAGUGGUGUUGGUGAUAGUGAUGGUAGUGGUGGCGCUGGUCAUGUUGUAAGUGGUGAAGGUGAUAAUGAUGAUAGUGGUGGCGCUAGUGAUGUUGAUAGUGGUGGUGGUGAUAAUGAUGGUAGUGGUAGCGCUAGUCAUGUUGUUAGUGGUAGUGGUGAUAAUGAUGGAAGUGGUAGCGCUGGUGAUGUUAAUAGUGGGUGGAAGGUGAUAAUGAUGGUAAUGGUGGCGCUGGUCAUGUUGUAA